UUUGCAUCUUCACUACAUAAACUCUUCAUCGAAGGGACACAACACAGGUAGGGUUUUGGCAGAAGCAAAGAAUCAGAGAGGACUGAGAGGUUAGGUGUUUAAAGGCGAUGGCUUUUUUGAGUAAAUUCGGAAACGUAUUGAAGCAGACGACGAGCAAGCAGCUCAGUGCUAAUGGUUCUUUAUCAAGCCCUUCGCUUUUUCAGGCGAUAAGGUGUAUGUCAUCUUCUAAGCUCUUUAUUGGAGGUAUGGAGUAUGGCAUGAAUGAGGAUAGCUUAAGAGAAGCUUUCAGCAAAUACGGUGAAGUUGUUGAAACGAGGGUUAUUUUGGAUCGUGAAACUGGUAGGUCGAGGGGGUUUGGGUUUGUUACAUUCACCUCUACUGAGGCGGCCUCUAGUGCUAUCCAAGCUUUGGACGGGCAGGAUCUUCAUGGCCGUAUUGUUAAAGUGAAUUAUGCACAUGAUAGAACAAGUGGCGGUGGUGGUUAUGGAGGCGGUGGCUAUGGAGGUGGUGGUUCUGGCGGAUAUGGAGGCGGUGGUGCUGGUGGCUAUGGAGGAGGUGGAUAUGGUACAAGCGGCGGGUAUGGAUCUAGUGGUUAUGGUGAGAGUUCAACGGCAAGUGCAGGUGCUGUUGGUGGCUACAAUGGAAGUGGUGGUUAUGGUGAGGGCUCAACUGCAAAUGCAGGUGCUGUUGGUGGCUAUGGUAGUGGCAAUACUUACGGUAGCAGCAAUGGUGGAUUCGCUGGGGAGAACCAGGUUGGUGGCGAUAACUCUCAGUUCAGUGGUGAGAAUACUCAGUUUGGUGUUGGUGGUGGCCAAUGUGGCGGCGAGGCUCAGUUUGGAGGCAUGGAGAAUGGAGCGGUUGGAGAUUUCGAAGAUGACACUGAUGUUGCCAAAAGAGCUUAAAGCAAGUAGCAAAAAAUGGUGUCAAGAGUCUUUAAAAUUUUAUCCAUUAGCUUUCCAUGAAUGAAACACUUUAUCUAGAAACAAUCUGCUUUUGCAUAAAUAAUUUGUAGCUUAAGAUUUGAUUCAGCUUUGUUUGUGGUCUGAUAUGAGAAAGGUUCAUCUGA